AUGGCUGACCGUGCUCCUCCUCUCCGUCUGGGCUCGACUGCCCCCAACUUCGAUGCUGAGACCUCCACUGGUCCCAUCAACUUCCACAACUUCAUUGGUGACAAGUGGACCAUCCUGUUCUCCCACCCCGAUGACUUCACCCCCAUCUGUACCACCGAGCUCGGUGCCUUUGCCAAGCUCGAGCCCGAGUUCACUGCCCGUGGUGUUCAGCUGAUCGGUCUGAGUGCCAACGGUGUCGACUCCCACCACCGCUGGAUCAAGGACAUCGACGAGGUCAGCGGCUCCAGCCUCAAGUUCCCCAUCAUCUCCGACCCGGAGCGCAAGGUUGCCCACCAGUACGACAUGGUCGACUACCAGGACACCACCAACGUCGACUCCAAGGGCCUGGCCCUGACCAUCCGCUCCGUCUUCAUCAUCGACCCCAGCAAGAAGAUCCGUCUGAUCCUGACCUACCCCGCCUCCACUGGUCGUAACACCGCCGAGGUCCUGCGUGUCGUGGAUGCGCUCCAGACUACCGACAAGGUUGGCGUUGCCACCCCCAUCAACUGGCUGCCCGGUGACGACGUGGUCAUCCCGCCUCCGGUUUCCACUGAGGACGCCAAGAAGAAGUUCGGUGAGAUCCGCGAGGUGAAGCCUUACCUCCGCUUCACCAACCUCAAGAAUGAUUAA